ACCUCAGGUCGCCGCCGCGAGAGCAGCCGCCGCCAUGUCUAUGCAUCUGCAAUGGAUGGUCGUGCGGAACUGCUCCAGUCUCCUGAUCGAGGGGAACAAGCAGACCCACAGCACAGGGCCCAACAACCUGGAGGCCCGCAACUCCUUCCGCUACGGCGGGCUGAUUCACCGCAAGACUGUGGGCGUGGCGCCGGCAGCUGAUGGCAGAGGUGUCGUGCUGGUCAUGAAGCGGAGAUCCGGCCAGCGGAAGCCUGCCACCUCCUGCGUGCAGACCACCAUCAGCAAGAAUGCUCGCGCCACGCUCAACAGCAUCAGACACAUGACACGCAAGAACAAGUACCGGCCCGACCUGGGCAUGGCAGCUGUCCACAAGGCCAGUGCCAUCUUGCGCAGCCAGAAGGCUGUGAUGAUGAAGAGGAGGCGUACCUGCCCCACCAAGAGCUCCUGAGCCCCCUGCUCCCAAAGCAAUAGAGUCAGCUGGAC